ACACUGUAUACUCAUAAGGCUUAGAGAUUCCGAAUUCCGACUCACAGAUUCCGGACUCUCGUCUCGCUCAGCUCUCUGGUUCUGCUCUGUAUGGUAUAGAUCGCUCUGUCGAAGAGGGGAGGAAACCCAGGAAAGAAAAUUAAGGAAAAAUGGCAGCUCUAGCUCGUCUAUCACGAAGGGUUUUAUGUAGCAGUCUCUCAUCUCCAUCUCUCUCCGCUUUUCGUGGUCUUUCCACUGAUACGGCGAAAGUGGCUGCGACUGCAGUUGCGAAUGAUAGUAGAGUGAAAUGGGAUUAUAGAGGGCAAAGGAAAAUAAUCCCUUUAGGGCAAUGGGUUCCCAAGGUUGCCGUCGAUGCGUACGUCGCCCCAAACGUCGUUCUUGCUGGCCAGGUCACGGUUAAUGACGGAUCUUCUGUUUGGAAUGGAUCUGUUCUUCGCGGUGAUCUCAACAAAAUUACUAUUGGGUUUUGCUCCAAUGUGCAGGAGCGAUGCGUUCUCCACGCCGCUUGGUCGUCUCCCACAGG